AAAAAAAAUUCUUGAUUAAAUUUUGACGUGUGAGGAAAAAUAAUAAAAAAAAUGUAUAAAGCCGAAUUUUCAUUAAAAUUUCUUACAAUUAGUGGUGCUUAUAGACCAAUAAUUUGGUCAUCGUUUAGUACGAAAAUUCUUUAUAAUAUUUUCACUUUCUUCGUGAUUAUUUCAUUACAAUCUGCUUUCUAUUCAUUGUUCGUGUUUCUUACUUUUUCUUCAUUACAUGGCAUUGACGAUUUUGCAGAAUCUUUAUGUUGGACUGUAGCAGUUUUUGUUGAUUUGGCGAAAAUUAUUAAUUUUCUAUUACGACGUGACGAUAUUAUAGAAUUGAUAAAUAUUCUAAAUAAAGAUUGCUUAAAAACACGGGACAAUAAAGAGGAAAUUAUGCAAGACAAAUGUGAUUUUACCGCUAGAAGGAAUACAAAGUAUUUUUUCCUAAUAAUCGCAGCCCCAGUGUCAAUGAUGACACUUGGUGGAUUAGUAAAAAGAACAGCAAAUAUCAAUUUGCCAUUAAAAGCAUCAUAUCCAUACGAUUAUAAUCGGAAAUUAGCAUUUUGUUUGACAUAUUUUUGUCAAAGUGUCUCAAUUUAUUUUGGUGGUAUUAUCACUAUUGGACAUGAAACAUUUUUAAUGACAAUUUUAAUACAAAUUUGUUGUCAGUUAGAUAUAAUAUAUCAUCGUUUAAGAAAUUUGCCAAAUUUAUAUAGAAACAAUAAUAUAAAGUCUAUAAUGUUAAAUGAAACAGAAGAGGCAAAAAUUAUUAAAAAUUGUAUUUUACAUCAUAAUGACGUCUACAUGUUAAGUAGUAAAUUAAACGAUAUUUUUAGUAUUGUAAUUGGUAUUCAAUUUUUUGGAUCAAUUUUAAAUAUUUGUACUUUUGUCUUUAGUUUAUCUAACAAGAAUGAAAUUAAUGACAGAGUUAUUGCUCAAUGUUUAUCGUUAAUUACAUUUUUAUUUCAAAUAUUUCUUUAUUGUCAUUUUGGAAAUGAAGUUAUGAUAAAAAGUUUGAAACUAGUAAAAGUUUUGAGUAUGAUGGACUGGACAGUAUUAACAAGGAAUACAAAACAUGAACUUCUUCUAAUUUGUGUACGCGCAAGUGAUCCAAUAAUUAUAACGAGUGGAUCUGUUAUUCCUAUGACUUACGAUACUUUUAUCAAGAUUUUGAGAACAUCUUACGCAGCUUACAAUUUACUUCAAAAUCGAAACGCAUAUAAAAUGAUAUAUGAAAAAAAUGGAUAGAUAUGAGAUUGCAGGAGAAAUUUGUCAUUGUUCGAUGGUAUAAAUCUCAUUGAAAUGCACCAUUAUAGUAUUAUAAAUUUGUUUUGUUAUUUAAAUAUUCUAAAGCGUUUGUAAUGUUUGAAAAGACAUAUAUUAUAGAGUUUAAAUAAAAAAUAUAAACCAAAAAUUUAAUUAAAAAAUUUUUUUUUGAACAUAAUGGAAAUACUUAUAGAGAUAAAGUCCGCAGAUUUUAAGAACAUCUUAUGCAGCUUACAAUUUACAUUUAAUGUGAAAUGUAUUUAUCGUCGCAGUCCGCAAACGGAUGAAAAUUGAAAUUUUAUAACAGUAUAGAAAUAUCUUGACAAUUUACCGAUAUAUGUGAAAAGAGGGACGUAUAUCCUUUCUUUGUAUUUUUAAAAAAAGACCGUGCAUGCAAAGCAUAUGAAAAAAGUAUCGAAAUAUCUCGAUGAUCGAACAAAACUCGAAUUUUUAAAUUACGGUAAGAGAAACAUGAAUUUUUCUUACCAAAGUAUCUAAAUCAAUGUUCAUUUUAUGAAAAUAAUCUUCUAUUAUUGUUACACAUAUAUUUUGUAUAAUUCACUUAAUUACAAUCUCAGUAAAAAAAAUUGGGAGUAAGCGAAACCGAAUUGGACGUUACGGUGAAUUCUUUUUUUCUUAUCUUGAAUUCUUUUCACCUAAAUCGUUUGAAUUUACGUUUAUUGAUUUGAGUUGGCAUUAUAAAUGAACAAGUGAUUAAUCUUAAGUGUAAAAAUGCCGAUUGCGAACAGGAAAUAUGGAAUUUUGUUAAAGUGUGAAAAUGAUCAAUUUCACAGGUAGAAGUAUAGUGUUGAUCUAUUAUCAUAUGACUUACCAUAUGAUUUUGAGAUCGAGCUGAGUAAAUAAGUAAACUUUUUCUACCUUUCUUUCUAAAAAGAUGCACUUAUGCUCAUAGCGCGAACCACAAAAACAGCCUAAAUCAUAUGGUAAUAGAUCAACACUAUACAGCCUGCCUGUCAAAUUUAUCUUUUUCACAAUUUAACAAAAUUUCAUAUUUCCUGUUCGUAAUCAGCAUUUUUAUGGAAUGAGAAAACGUCACUACCCAGUGGGCAAAAAACCAUGAUGGUUCUAAAAACGUUUUAAGAACGUUUUUAGAACGUUUCAUGUCUGCCAAAUACUGUUCUGGAACAUUAUUUAAACAUCUAUGUUCUU